AUGGCCAGCAUGACCAGCAGCAUCCCCAGGGCGCCAGUCGUGCCCAUCAAGCCGCCCGAGCCUGGUGUCGGCGGCUACCAACCGCUCAACCCGCGCUCCGAGAUCCUCCCCGCCGGUUGGAACGGCUUCAACUCGCGGCCGCUGCCCUCGGCCAUCCUGGUCGAGCACGACGUCGCCUUCACCAUGCGGGACGGCGCCAAGCUCUACGCCGACAUCUACCGGCCGCCCAGCUCGGGCUCGGACGGCGAUGACGCCAAGGUGCCGGCGCUCCUGUGCUGGAGCCCCUUCGGCAAGAAGUUCAACGGCCUGGCGGCGCUGCGCCUGAUGACGCCGUGGAACCUGGGCAUCCCCGACGGCACGCUCAGCGGGCUCGAGAAGUUCGAGGCGCCCGACCCGGCCGACUGGGUGCCGGCCGGGUACGCCGUGGUCAACAUCGACUCGCGCGGCGCCGGCGACUCGGACGGCACCAUGGUGAUCAUGGGCACGCAGGAGGCGCAGGACGGCUACGACACGCUCGAGGCCCUGGCCAGGCUGCCGUGGUGCAACGGCCGCGUGGGCCUGGCGGGCAACUCGCACCUGGCCAUCGUGCAGUGGUUCAUCGCGGCGCUGCGGCCGCCCAGCCUCAAGGCGAUCGCGCCCUGGGAGGGCUGCGGGGACCUGUUCCGCGAGCAGUUCGUGCGCGGCGGCAUCUACGGGGGCGACCUGUUCGACAAGCUGAUCGUCAAGCACAUGCUGCGGGGCCGGCACGGCAUGGAAUGCUUCCGGGAGAUGUACAAGCAGCACCCUCUGGCCAACGCGUGGUGGAACGACAAGCGGCCGGACAUGCGCCAGAUCACGGUGCCGACGUACAUCACGGGCACGUGGACCAACACGAUGCAUGGCAUGGGCGCGAUCCGCGGGUGGCUCGAGGUCGGCACGGCCGACAAGUGGCUGCGCUGGCACCCGUGGCAGGAGUGGUACGACCUGUGGGGGAACCCGCAGGCCAAGGCCGAGCUCUUGCAGUUCUUCGGCCGCUACCUGAAGGGCGAGGACAACGGGUGGGAGCAGACGCCGCGGGUGCGCAUGGCCGUGCUGCGGUUCGGGACGGCCGAUCCGAUCGAGAACAUGGUGGUCGAUGACUUCCCCCUGCCUCAGACGCAGCACAAGCCGCUCUACCUGCAGCCGAACGGCCUGCUAGGCGCGGACGCGCCGAGGGAAGCUUCAAUCGCAUCGUACAACUCCGAGUCGGCCGACUCCGUCGCCUUCAAGCACACGUUCGGGCGCCGGACGCAGAUCAUCGGCAUCCCCAAGGCGGUGCUGUACAUGUCGUGCCCGGACCACGACGACAUGGACGUGUACGUGCUGAUCGAGAAGCUCGACGCGGGCGGGCGGCCGAUGCUGAACCUCAACAUCCCGUGGCGGGGCAUCCCGGCCAAGUCGUUCGACGAGUUCACGCCGGAGCAGUCGACCGAGGUGGUGCUGUACAAGGGCCCCGUGGGCAUCCUGCGGGCGUCGCACCGCGCGGCCGACCCGGCGCGCGCCAUGCACCCCAACUGGCCGUUCCACCCGCACGAGACGGAGGACAAGGUCCGCCCGCCGGGCACGGUCGUCCGGCUGGAGAUCGGCAUCUGGGCCAUGGGCGUCGAGUACGCGGCCGGCGAGGGCCUCCAGGUGCGCAUCAGCGGCCGCAACUUGGCGAUCAACAACUUUGGCACCACGGAGCACGCCGAUAACAAGGGCCAGCACAGGGUGCAUCUGGGCGGCGAGCACGCGAGCCAUGUCAUUCUGCCUUUUGUGCUGGUGUAG